AUGGUAUUUAGUGCUUCGAAUGAGUUGAAGAGUCAUAAUUGCAUUUUUCUUUCCACAAAGUUAUCAUCAAAACAGAAGAAGGAAAAAAAAAACUGCAUUGGAAUAGACGAUCCAAAACGACAACAUAGAACAAAUAUGCAGACAAGCAAACACAAGUCUAAUGAUGGAAAAGAAGAGAAGAGAGAAAUUAUUUCUCUUCAAAAAAAAGUAUCAACUUGCGAAAAGCAAGCAUAA